AUGUUAAAGUCUACACAGGAUCCCCAGAAUAAAGAAAUCCAGGACAGUAGCAAAGAACGACCCAAAGAUCCAAAACAUGCCUGUGUUGCUGAAAUUCCUAACACGACAAAAACAAAAGAGAAAUUAAGCCUGCAACAAAAGGGCUUUGGUAAGAAUCAAAUGAGCGAAUCUGAUGACAAAGCUGCUCAAUCGAAAGCCAACAAGCAGAGGUCACAGCAGAUUAACCAGGAACAAAAGAAGUAUAAGAAUAAGAAACAAAAGGUGAAGAAUAACGAACAAAAGGCAAAGGAAAACGAGCAAACGAGAGAAGCGCAUAAGGCAAGUGAGGAAAUAACAGCAGAAAGACAACGCACUAAAGAAACGGUCGUUAUACCUGGAGAUUCGAUUAUAAAAUAUGUAAAAGGUUGGGAAGUAUCCAACACUGACAGAAACGUAAUAGUUAAGUCUUUCUCAGGUGCAACAGUUAAUGAUAUGUCUGAUUUCUUAAAGCCCACUGCACGAAAGCAACCCGAUAAGCUCAUUAUCCAUGCAGGCACAAACGACAUACGCUAUUCAAGUCCUAAAGAAAUUGCAAAGAAAAUUAUCGAGUUAGCAGAGAAUUUUAAACAGGAUUGCAAUGAUACUGAAGUCAUCAUCUCUUCUUUAGUCACUAGAUGCGAUAGAAAGGAACUUACAACGAAGGUAAAUGAAACUAACAAUAUAUUAAAGUCAAGCUGCUUGAAGAAAAAGCUUGCAUUUUUAGACAAUAGUAAUAUUAGUCGCUCUCAUUUAAAUAGUAGAGGACUGCAUUUAAACCGAGAAGGUAGCUCUUUGCUUCAGGCAAACGUUUCAUAUUUCUUAAGUUCGCAUAAUUGAAAUGAGGACGGGUCGAGGAGGAGUGCUAAUGAUGCCUGUUUAAAUAUUCCGAAAACAAGGGGUUUUAAGAUGGCUAUGCUUAAUGUAGUUAGCCUUCCGAAACACCUUGAUGAAAUCCGAUUAUUACUUCACGAUAAAUAUUUAGAUGUUUUAGCAGUUAAUGAAACCCGUUUGGACUCCACUAUUUCCGAUGGGAUUGUUAGCAUUGAAGGUUAUGACUUGCUACGUGCUGAUCGGAAUAGAAAUGGAGGAGGGGUAUGUAUUUAUAUAAGACGCCAUAUAAAUUAUGAAAAUCGCCCUGAUCUAGUUCCAACAGGCCUUGAAGCUGUCUGUGUGGAAAUUAAGCAGGCUAAUAGUCAAUCUUUUAUAGUUUCAAGUAUUUAUAGACCACCAUGUUCCGCUAGUGAAGUGUUUAUAAAAAUUGAGAGGCUAAUCAAAUCAAUUGAUGAUGAAAAUAUAGAAUUUUAUAUUUUGGGAGAUUUAAAUUGUAAUAUGCUAGAACCAACUUUGUCCAAUCAUUAUUGGAUGUAGUAAUUGCGUCAAUGCCUGAAAAAAAAAAUUUUCAGGUGUAUAGUCCAUCUCGGAAUUAGUGAUCACAGCCUCAUUUAUAGUAUUCGGAAAAUAAGUACAAGAAUAAAAACUGAUUUACAAGGUUCUGCCGAGUAUAGAAAUUUUAAGAAUUUCAAUGUUUCAGGCUUUCUAUAUGACUUACAAAAUAUACCCUGGGAAGAAAUAAGAUUUAAAAGAAAUGUAGAUGAAAUGUGGCGGUUAUGGAAAACAUUUUUUGUAGAUGUGCUGGAUAAACAUGCCCCUGUGAGAGUAAAAAGAUUAAGAAAAGGGGGCAAUAUUCCUUGGGUAAGCCGGGAAGUAAAGGAAAAAUUAUUUAAAAGAGAUGCUCUUAAGCGUAAAGCAAUAAAGACAAAUAAAGAAGAAGACUGUAGACUAUAUAAGUCAUCUAGAAAUGUUGCCAACACUGCUUUGCGCAGUGCUAAAAGAGAUUAUUAUGCAAACAAAUUCACAAAUAAUAAACAGAAUCCUAAAUAUGCUUGGAGAACAAUAAACGAUAUAUUAGGUCGAAACAGAAAACAGACCACGAUUAAUGAAAUUAAACUCCCAGGUAAAACUGUUACAUCGACCGACGAAUUAGUCGACAUUUUUAAUGAUCAUUUUAGUAAUAUUGGCCCAAAGCUUGCUGAGUCUAUUCUAAAUGACAAUGACGUUAGUUUUCGAGAUUUUAUUACUCAACAAAAAUCUAAGACAAAGAACAGUUUCUCAUUUCGACCAGUGAGUGUAUCAUUGGUUUACACUCUUCUAGUUAAUUUGUCUACCACCAAAGCGACUGGAAUGGAUAAAAUUUCAGCUAAAAUUCGACAAGUAGCAGCUCCAGUUAUUGCACCUUCUCUUACUGAGAUUUUUAAUAUGUCAAUUGACUCGGAUCAAUUUCCUUCUGAUUGGAAAGCUGCAAGGGUUAUUCCAUUGUUUAAGAAAGGUCAGCGGUCCAUGUUGGACAACUAUAGACCGAUAUCAAUCCUUCCUGUAGUAAGUAAACUUAUGGAAAGAAUUAUGUAUGAUCAAAUGUAUGAGUAUCUUAACCAGAAUAAUCUUUUCUCAAAACACCAAUUUGGUUUCAGACCUUAUCAUUCCACAACCACUACAUUAUUGGAUUGUACGAACGAAUGGUAUAUACCAACAUGGACCGUGGGCUGUAUAACUUAG